GCCCGCCGUCGUGGUGUGUACGUCGGAGGUGUAUCUGCUUAUUUAUUAUUCAGUCAGAAAAUUCGUAUGAGGCAUUACAGAGUGAAUACGAUGUGAUAGCUGUGUUCUACAACGUUCUAAGAAAGCUUAUGAAUAUCUGUUUAUUAUAAUAUUUGUUGACAAACCAAAAAACAAAAUAUGGUGACACUUUAAAAAGCCUGUCCAGUGUCGUUGUUGUGAGGAGUCAUCAGGAACAUGACACGGAAUUCAGAGCAAGAGAGGCAGGGCGUCAGUAUGGACUCCCCCGUGAGAACUAUGUCUACAGUGGGGUCAGCCAGUAUAGGAAAAGUAACUGGUGUCCUGACGCUGUUGAUUCUCCCAGUCACAAGCUUCUUCGUCUAUAACGAUAAACCCGAAACCCCUCAGCGAAUGUGGGACCCUGAAAAAGGCGUCCAGUCAUUUCUUGGUCUAGGAAUGAUGGCCUCGAACUUCGGAAACAUGACGGUGUUGAAUCAGACUGGGCAACUGGGUUCCACUACUUACCUCCACUGCCAUGUUCGCAAUUUGGCCAACAAACAGGUUUCAUGGAUCAGGCGACGUGACUAUCACAUCCUCACCUCAGGCCUGCACACCUACAGUUUGGACGAGCGCUUCAGUAUUGUCCGCUCAGAGGAUGGUGUCGACUGGGCCCUGCAGAUCAGGUUCCUACAAAAGCAUGACGAGGGAACCUAUGAAUGUCAGGUGUCGACGCCAACGGGGCGUUACGGGUACCUUCUGCACCUGUAUGUGGUGGUGCCAGAGGCUGUCAUCAAGGGCCCGGCAGAGCUACACCUGCAGCAUGGAUCCACAUUCUCUCUUGUCUGUAACAUUCAAGGCGGCUUGACACCACCCCAGUUCAUCUUCUGGUUCCACAACAACAAGAUGAUCAACUACGACCAGUCCCGCGGAGGCGUCACUGUUGCCAUGAUCUCAAGGAACCCUGCCGUCUCCAGGAUCACCAUAAGAGAUGCCACCUUUACUGACACUGGGAACUACACCUGCACCGGUAACAACAUCACUCCCGCUUCCAUCAUCGUGUUUGUUUCUGAAGGUCACUUCAAGACAGCAGCUAUUCAGCGUCUGGAGUCAAGCGCGAUCACCGUGAUACAACUGAACAGCAUAAGCAUCCUAUCUCGGCUGUUUGCUGUGAUGCUGGUUUGUUUGGUGAACGUAUUUUACAAGGGAACUUGAUUCAUGCUGGGUGAUACCUUAUUUGCCCUGAAAUUCUCCUCACCACUCUAUCAGUACAGGAGAGAAUUCUGGCUCAAAUAGUGUUAAUUGAUGUUUCCGUGUCAAGACUGUAUUACUGUUUUAAUAUUAGUUUUACGUAAAUGUUAUAGUAAGCAUUUUUGGAAUGUGCAUAAAUUUCUGCUAACAGAACAUGAUGGUUUAUCAAAUGAUACAAAAUGCUUGGUGUUUCAGCUAACAUAUUGAUGACCUGUAGUUUUCUGCGUUCACUAGGGAAAGACUUUUUUUUUCUCUCUCCGCUGUACGACAUUGAUUUCCGUAAUAAUGUAACUGGAGACCAAGGACCAAUAGAUACUCUCAACGCACAAUUAUUUCCCCAUUUAAUAUGUACAAUAACUUGGAAGACGUUACACUAUACACUAUUAUGAAAAGAAUACUGGAAUGAAUUACGAUAAAAGGGCAUUAUAACUACUGCUAUAAUAUGUUGUAAUAUGACAUUUUAUAUUGCCUUUAUCUGUUGUAAUACCAUAAACACUAUUGUCUUUUCCCGUUGUUACACUUAAAAGCUAUUGACCGUAUCCAUUGUCAAAGAGUUACAAUUGCCGUGGUUGUAUAGUAAUAUAUAAUUUUUUUAUUAACACAAUUCAUAGUAAUACCAUAACUACUAUCGUCCGUAUCAUACCAUAUUUACUAUUCUACCUAUCAUUGUCCAAUCAAAAUUACUAUCGUCCGUAUCCGUAUCAUACCAUAUUUACUAUUCUACCUAUCAUUGUCCUAUCAAAAUUACUAUCGUCCUUACCCAUAUCAUAUUUACUUAUCUACCUAUCAUUGUCACAUCAAAAUUACGAUCGUCCUUACCCGUUGCAUACAAUAAUUAGUGUUCUGAGAAGCAUUGAGGGGUGACGUCAUGACAGCCGAAUAUGUGAGAUGGCUUGCAGACAUGUUCAGGAACCUUGAAAGUUAUUUGCCAUUAGGCCCACCUCAGUUUUUAUAAUCAACAUACACACAAGAUUAUCUUCCUCAACUCCAACUUCCUAUUUCCUAAACUACAGUCUUUCAUCCACUCUAAUCACACCUCAAGGAAUGGGAGAGGAGACCUGUCAUAUCAAUGGUGGGUUUCACUUAAAACCUGGUAGCAGCGGGGAUCAUGUUUCUUAAUGGUCCCUCCAAGCGAGAAAAAUGAGAAAAAAUCACCCCUCACACAAACCAUUUCAUAAUAUUUAUCAAAGCAUUUGUGAUCAGAUUAUGUAUCAUCUGUUUUGUAUUUUGGGGGGUUUAUAUCAUGGCACAAAUUUGGCCCAUCGCUGGUACACGGUAAAGCCACAAAUUUGGUCCGUCGCUGCUACACGGUAAAGCCACAAAUUUGGCUCGUCGCUGCUACACGGUAAAGCCACAAAUUUGGCCCGUCGCUGCUACACGGUAAAGCCACAAAUUUGGUCCGUCGCUGCUGCACGGUAAAGCCACAAAUUUGGUCCGUCGCUGCUACACGGUUAAUAAGAUUGAUGAGGAAGAUUUUCAUGUAUGUGUCCAAAAUAUAUAAAAAAAUGGUAAGUAAAUCGAAUUAUGGAAAUAAAGAUAUUGAACAAGAAAUUUGCAGAUCGAGUACUUUUUUUUUUCUCUCUCCCCACCUUUCUAUCCUUCCGCCCCCCUCACUCCUUUUUUUCAUUCUCAGUCUCAUCCUUUCGUCUCAUUUCAGGAGAGAGAGAGAGAGAGAGAGAGAGAGAGAGAGAGAGAGAGAGAGAGAGAGAGAGAGAGAGAGAGAGAGAGAGAGAGAGAGAGAGAGAGAGAGAGAGAGAGACAGACAGACAGACAGACAGACAGACAGACAGACAGACAGACAGACAGACAGACAGACAGACAGACAGACAGACAGACAGACAGACAGACAGACAGACAGACAGACAGACAGACAGACAGACAGACAGACAGACAGACAGACAGAGAGAGAGAGAGACAGAGACAGAGACAGACACAGAGAGAGAGAGAGAGAGAGAGAGAGAGAGAGAGAGAGAGAGAGAGAGAGAGAGAGAGAGAGAGAGAGAGAGAGAGAGAGAGAGAGAGAGAGAGAGAGAGAGAGAGAGAGAGAGAGAGAGAGAGAGAGAGAGAGUUAUGGCGGAUAUAAAGUAGAACGAAAAUGGGAAAAAUAUGCAGAAGCUAAAACAAAAGGAACGAAGGCUUUGGGAGGGUUGGAGAAAUAUAAAAUCUUAAGAAUAUUAUUAUUUUUUUUACUGAAUAAUGCAAGAAGAGUUGUAUUCUGUUAAACUUAAUUAAAUGUAUCAACAACAACAUUCAUUUGGUUUCAGAUCCAUUCACUCGGUUAAUGGCUAUCGAAUAUCUUAAUAUCCGUAAGGAAAUUCAUCAGCCAGGAUGUUUAUAUAUAAUUGGUUGAUUGAUCGUUUAGUGUUGCAAGAAAACAACAAAGGAGAAGGGAGGAGCAUGCCAUCCCAACCCCCAGGCAGGACAGAGUGUGAUUAUACAACGAAGGAUACAUGUGGAAGUAGCACCAGGAAACUAAAAAGAUACAAUGGUACAAAGGUUUACAUAAAAAACUAAGGACCAAUAAGAAAAUGAGCAUGCACGCAUCCAUGACAACAAAGAUGGGAGGAAUCCUAUACCAAUACCAAAUUCUCAGAGGGGUGUUGUAAAUCAUAGGCCGAAAAGUAAUGGAGGGUUUUUGCUCAUAUUGUUUUGAUUUUAAAAACAUUUAAGACAGUAUAAUACACAAGAAAUCGUAAUACUCUGGCACUGCUUAGUCUUAAAGGGGAAAACACCAAUAAUUACAUUUGGAGUGAAAGUCAAGACGCAGGCAACGACGUCCCAAGGGGCAAUCUCACACCCUCGUUACCCGCGGAGAUAGAAGUGGAAGACAUGGCGCGCGGCGAAGUAAAAGGUGAAGCCACAGGAGCCAUAUUGAGGUUGCUGUGAAGUAGGUGGUAGGUCGGACCAGUCGCGCGCAGUGGCGAACCUUUAACAUUUGGCGCCAGGCGCAGUAUACUGACCACCGGUGC